CUGGUCCCUUCCCCCACACAGUGCGCCGUGCACAGAUCCUCUCAUCCCAUCCAAUUGAUCCCAUCGCACCAGUCCACCCCUGCGACGCAGCUGCAGAGUCCUGAGUGCGCCCUGGUGCUGUGUCGUUUUGUGUGAGUGAGCGGAGGAUGUCAGCGCUCGACGACCAAGGGACGUACCUGCACUUCAAGCCAUGGCAGGAGGCCCUUUUCGGUGAGGACCGACUGCGGAAACAACACCCACAAACAACAUAUACCGCAUCCAUUGGGGAGGUUGAUGGUCUUUCUUUCUUUCACAGGUGUGUUCUACGUGAUGGACAGUUCUCGCAAGGAGGCGACGGGGGACGCCAUCAAGAUGACCGCAAGGAUCCUCAACACCUUCAAGGCAAUAGUAGAGUUCCUGCAAAUCGUUCCAAUGGUGCUGCUGAACUGUGGUCGCGUCCUCAACUGCCGCGACUACACGCUCAUGUCAUCGGCCGAGUGCAUCGUGGUGCUGGUGUCAUCGCCCUUCCGAUUCGCGGCUGGUGACGAGACGUUUCGCUAUUUUUCGGUGGUCGGUGGGCUGGCUCUGUUAAUGCUGAUGGCCCUGGGGUGUGUGCUACUGGUGGCACAGACGUUCAGACAGAGAGAGGUGCAUCUGAUAUGGCCCCUCGUGCUUCUCAGAGGAUUCGUCAGAAGUAAGUGCGAGCAAACGUGAGCGUCAUCAUCCUUUCUGCCCAUGUCUCCCCGUGUCUCCGAGACUGAAUCCCAUUUGCCUCUUGUGGUGUGGCGUGGCGUGGCGUGCAGUAUUCGUGACAACGUUUUACGUGUCGACGAUAUAUUUGAUGAUGACAACCUUCAGCUGCCCGCUCCUCAACUACCGCAUCCUCAAUCUCGAGACCACUGACCUGAAGCAGUGCUAUGGGUACAUGGUAAGUAGGUCGGACACACUCACUGAGGAAACGCCCGGGCUUCUUUUCCUCCUUCCAUACAUCCCCUGUGUUGUGUGCUGGAUGAAGCACAUCGCCAUUAUGGCCUUGAGCGGCAUUUCCCUCAUGUGGCUCGUCCCUUUCGCCUUCUUCACGGCACUCCUGUACAACAAGUUUGACCAGUUUUCCCUGGACCCUUCGUGCGCAGCCCACGGUCACCAAAGGAAAUGCAAGAAUCGUCUGCAUUGCUUACUGGGUGUCCUUGUGGGAUGUGGGGUCAUGCAGGUCGCGUGGAGGCGCUGUUUCUGAUCGUCAAGACGCAAGUGGUGGCUUGUCGUGUGGCCGUCGGCUGUUCGCCGGCACCUGAGACACUGCGGUUCGUCAUUGCCCUCAACGCUGUCAGCCUCUCAGCUGUCUUCGCUUACUCAGUGCUGCAGGUGUGUAGCAGAUGGACGGAUAAGAAGUAUACAUGAAGACUUAUACUGUCCAUUGUCUGUGUGCUGUCUGGCCUGACCGACAGGCGCCGUUUUUCAGCAAUCUCGGCAAUCGCCUUCGGGGCGGAUUCCUGGCCAUCCUCCUGGUGGGUGCGACCAGCGCUGACACACAGCUCACACACGCGCAGAGCAGACACACUUCUGUCCUUUGAUUCCGUGUGUGUCUCGUGAUUGAUUGAUCCCAGGCUCUGACGCUCUCGGCCUACUCCUUCGGCGAGGGCGACCUGGACGUGCCAUCCAUGUGGGCGGUGAGUGACUGAUGAUGGAAGACCAAAUCAACAGAUACAGACAGUGCUCGACCCUGUGACAUGUGUGCAGAUAUCGCUGGCUGCGUUUGGGUUCGGCACGUAUGUGUCGCUGAUGCGCAAACACGCACUCAAUGCGGCAGUGAGACAAACGUGCCGCCAAAUGACCGACAGCCUCACGACAGAGAUGCGGUCAGCCUUCACUCGUCUGUCUGCCUGUGUGUGGGGGCACCUGUUUGCUUGUGUUUGUGUGCGUGUGUGCCUACAGCAUGACAGUCCACCAAAUGAUUGAGGAAGAAGACGAGGAGGAGUCGCCCAUGUCGCCGCACACCCCACACGCCACUGGAGGUGAGCUGGGAUGGUGCCCACACAACAGAUUGGAUGGGAUUGCACGUCCAUUCCUGCAUGUAUGGCUGAAUGGGUGCAGCGGUCACCCCCAAGGUUUCCCCUGGUAAACGCGACUCCAUCCUGUCCGACGUCGAUGUCAACAUGCAAAUGGAGGUGGCGAAGUCGAAAAGGGAGUUCAAAAGCAGGCACGCAUCAAUUGCAGUGCAGGGACACCCGCACCGCCAUCUAUCUGUGACUGCAAUGAGUGAAUCGGCGUCUAUGUGUCUGCUUUGACUGACUGCCCACAGUUCCUACUUCUCCUCUGCCAAAGGCUUGGCCAAGCUUCUGGUUUUCGACUGCGACAUCGAGCUGCUCUUCCGCGGGGUCGGCGACGAGUGGCAUGAAAUGAGCGACAGCGAGAAAACAGUGGCCGGUUUUGUGCUCGAGACCGUGUUCUAUUACUUGUCGCUAAACGCCGAGAGCUCCCGAAAGGCACUCCUCUACGUGUGGUACGCCUCAUCCCUCAACAUGUUGUUAAAGGUAUGCAGACAGACCGUCACCCACGGAGCAACGGCAAGGAAGGAAGGAAAGAAGGAAAGAAGGACGGAAGGGAGUGUGUGUGUGUGUGUCUCGAUCGGCAGAAUGCUUACUCGUCCUUCAAGUACGUGAGGCUGGCGCACGAGACGGCCUCACCCUUCACCCUGGACGUCCAGUACCUGUGCUACUGCCUGCAAAAGGAUAGUACGUGACUAGACAUCACACCGGAGGACCUGCGGGCACACAUUUCUGUCCGUAUCUGUGACUGUGCGUCUCUAGUCGAGAACACACGGCAGCUGAGCUACCUGGGGACGAAGCGCAAGGCGGGGAACCUGAUAGACUUGGUCACCUACAAGAAAUGGGCCAACACUGCCAAACAAAACCACGAGAAAGCUGUCGGUUGCUGUCACAUCACGUCACAUUCAUGCUUGUCAUAUCCUUCCAACAAUCCGUCCCCGUGUCGUGUGUGCAGUUGCACGAGCUCAUGUCGUUCUUCAAAGCGCUUCAUCAAUCCGACAAGUCGGGCACGGCCAUCACCGCCCAAAACUGCAAAAGGGUAGGCGCCCGAGGACGGUCAAUAUGGCGCUUGUUCCCUGCCUCACUCAUUCGCUGGGGUUUGCUUCAUCAGGAGCUCACGAAGCUCUCAUCUGCUCUUGUCGCCGUCCGAAACGCUCAAAACGCGUACACGACCCUGGUAUUGCUCUGUGUUCGAAAAUGCGCACAGAGAUACAUACAUACACCAAUGCCCUGUCGCAGAUGAAUCGUUUCCCUCGGUCGCCCGAGGCUCUCGAGUCGUGUUCGGCCUUCCUGUACCAAGUCUACGGCGAGACAAGGCAGGCACAAGCCCUCACAGACAGGAACACACUGGCCGGCUGGCUGGCUGGCCAUGGCAGCCUCUAUUGAUCGUUCGAUAUCUGCGCACUGCAUUAGGUACACCGAUAUGCUGGAUGUGGGCGACUCUGGCCGCAGUGCUGCUGGCGGCGGGGCCGACACACACAGUGAAGGCUCGUCCGUCAGUGGGGUGGGCAGCGCGAUUGGCAAGGCCGGCGCAGGCGGGCCGUUGGGCAUGCAGGCGUCCAUCAAGGCACACGUCAUUACCUCGGUGGACCGCGAGAAGCGCCGGGGGCUGUUAUGGAUCACGGUGGCCAACGUCAUUGGCCUGACGUGCAUCUUGGCCGUCACGACGGCGACAACUUCCUCGGAGUUCAGCAGAUGGACUACAUCAACGACCAAAUGGAGGAGGUCAAGUGGACCAGCCAAAUGGCAGAGGUAGGUUUUCUCUCUCCCUCUCUCGACUGAGCGCGUCCAGUCUCUUUUUGCCUGUACCUCCACACGCCGAUACACCGUGUGUCUCGUCAGAAUUGGCUGGAGGUGGCUAUCGCGCUAA